AUGGAGCGGUAUUCGAUGGUAUACCCCGGGUCUAGUAUUCUCUGUAAAAAUAAAUGCGGGUAUUAUGGAAAUCCUUCCUGGAACAAUUAUUGUUCCAGAUGUUAUCGAGAGUCUCAAAAUAAGUCCGAUUUGUAUGCACGUAAAGCUCGCGAGUUAUCCCAAACUUCCUCGAGAGCUUUCGCUAAUUUCGAGGCUAAACGCAAGAAAGUAGCGAGAAAGAGUUCUGGAACAAUUAGAAACAUUCUCAAAAUACAGAAAAAUCACAAUAAACUUGAAUCUGGCAUCUCGGAGGAGGCUUUACAGGCUCGAACAGAUUUCUACAAGACGCUGAAAUCCUGGCGAUCUACUGUUGAGGCUGAUGUAAGCCGACAAAUUGACAAAAUGCUGAAGGACCUCGAGUCAAAGGACUUUUCCGAUAUUAAUAAAUUCUCUGAAACUGUCAAGGACUUUUACCAAUCCAUGGCUCUUCGUGUAUACGGUAAUAAUAUUUAUCAGGCCGGAACAACUGAACAAAAAGAAAGCCUCCUGAAUUCAAUCGAACGCUUCCUUUCCGUGUGGAUUUAUCCUUGGGCUUUCACUCCAUCAAAUACGGACGAUGAAGAAAUUGACUUGAAACUUCAAGAUCGCAUUCGUUCAUUUCAUUGGAUCUCUCACAAACAUCUUGAUGCCCCUAUUGAUCCCUACUCUCCUCAACAAUCUCGUCAUCUUGAAAGCGCCAUUUUACGUAGGUUCGGUUUAAUAGAACUUUGUUGGUAUACCUACACUCUCUUUGCUAAUUUAAUAAGACAAAACGAAGUUCUGCCGACGGAAGCUAAAUUAGAUCAAAUCGUUGACUGCUGUCAUGAAAUCAUGAAGGCCCUUAAGUUGGAGACCGAUGAAGCAUCUAGAUCGUCACCCUUGACGAAGGCCUCCGAUCGGCAAAGUCAGGGCAACCCAAAUGACUAUGGCGAAACCGCUGCGGACGCCUUUUUCCCUUCCCUUAUUUGGGUUGUUCUGCGAGCUAACCCUCCUCUUCUGCAUUCUAACCUCCAAUUCAUUACAAGGUUUGCUAACAAUAAUCGAGUCAGUGCUGGAGAACCGGCCUACUUCUUUACCCAUCUGGUUAGUUUGUAA